UUGCUUUUGACUAGUGUUUACCCUUUUUGUAAGAGUUCUAUCUAAAUAAAUGUUGCAGUAAUAAGAAAACCAAGGUAGACGAUUUAUUUUGCAAAAUGGAGGAAUUAACAGUGGAUAAUAAUGAAACAAACAUGGAUAUUGAAACAAAUUCAGAAGUUAAAUCAAACAACGAACAGAAAGAAAACAUAAUGAUCAUUGAACACGAUAAAAGUGCUAUUAUUCCAAUAAUCAUAGAAGAAUUGGAUGAAAAUGCUAUCAAUUCCAUGAACGUGGAUAUAACCGAGUUCAAGGAAGCUAAAGCUUUAAAAGUGCAGGAUGUAUCUGAAACAAUCAUUUCAUCGUACAUGUGUUCUCAAGAAGGUAGUUCUGUUAACGAUAUUCUAAUGGAGAUUGAUGACCAAAAUAUGAUAUUAAUCGAAGAAGAAAGAUUGACUAAACAAUUUGUGAAUGGUGAAGUAACGUUCAGCGAGUAUUCAUCUAAAAUAAUUGAAACUCCAGACCCAGAAAUCUCAGAUAUGGAUAUAAAUGAAAGAGAUACAGAAAAGGAGCAAGAAGUUUCGCAACAAGUUGUUAAUAAAAAAGAAAAACAAAGGACGUUAUCAUCGUCAGGACCAAGAAAAAGACGAAGAAUGUUUCCACCCGUUUUGCAAGGUCUAAUGGGUGAAGCUAAUAUACGUUUUGCUAGAGGAGAAAUAGAUAUUGCGGAGAAAUUAUGUAUGGAAAUAAUUAGGCAAGCACCAAGUGCUCCAGAACCAUUUCAAACGUUAGCAAUGAUAUAUGAAAAUGAUCAACCUGAAAGAUCAUUACAAUACGCAUUAAUAGCUGCACAUCUUAGUCCAAAGGAUGCAGAUCAAUGGACCAGAUUGGCUAAUUUAUCAAUGGAGAGUGGGAAUAUUAAUCAAGCGAUAAUGUGUUAUUCCAAAGCAAUUCAAGCUAGUCCAAAGGAUGUACAUUUGUAUGAAACGUUGAUAGAACUUGAAGAACAGAAUGGUGAUAAAAAAGCUCAUAUUAAAGCUUAUACUAGAUUAUUACAUCAUUUGGAUUCUGAUCAAGGCCAAGAUAUAUUGAAAUAUGCUAAAUUAUUAGCCAAACGACACAUGCAAGAGAAUAAUAACGAACAAGCGUUCCAAGCUAUGGAUUGUAUUUUUGUUAAAUGUCCUGAAUUGAUAACAUUAGAAGAAGUUAAUAUUAUGACUGAAUUGUUAAUUAGUUUAAAACGUUUUGACAGAUGUUUAGACAUUUUAAUUAAGUAUACCAGUAUUUGGGUUAAAUUUAAAGAAACUUCGGAUGAAAAUGAUUCCGAAUCUCCUAAAGUACGUGUAAUAGAAACCUGUGAUAUGCCAGAUGACGUUGUAGUAGAUUUAAAAGCCAAAUUUCUUAUAACACUUAUCGAACUUAAUGAAAUAAAUAUGGCGGAUAAACUUUUACCUAAAUUGUUAACGGAAGAUCCAGAAAUGUCUGGAGAUUUAUUUUUAGACGUAGCCGAAUCUUUUAUGGGUAAAAAUGAAUUUCAACGAGCUCUUCUUUUAUUAGAUCCAUUAGUCGAAAGUACUAAUUUUAGUUUAGCAGCUGUCUGGUUGAGACACGCAGAAUGUUGGGUUGGUUGUAAAGAUUUAAAAAAAGCUAUUAAAUCUUAUGAAGUAGUUAAACAAUUAUCUCCUCAACAUUUAGGUGCUAGACUAGCAUUAGCUAAACUUUAUAAAUUUAAAGGACAAUAUGCUAAAGCUGCAGAAGUUCUUAAACAAGAUCCAGAAUUGGACACAUUGGAUCCUAAUGUUAUUUACAUGAGAACACUAUUACUUUACAAAAAUCAAAAAUAUGACGAAUAUUUUAAAUCAGGAAUGUUAUUACUUUCAAGACAUUGUAGUAAUAUUAGAUCCAAACCAGAACUUACUGCUUUAACAAGAGCAACUGGAGUACGUCAACGUCUUGAAUCAUUACAAUUGCAUAGAUUAUCUUGCGGUGAAAAACUUAUAGAAGAAAAUCAACCAACGUUUAUUAAUAGCGAAGAACCAAGUGAAAAGAAUGAAUUUCUUUUACUCAUUCAAAUGUGUAAAUUAGCUUACGCAACUAAAAAAUUUGGAUUACUUCAAAGAUUAUGUUUUAGUGCAUUGACAUCAAAAAGAUUUGAGAAGAGAAAUUCUCAUAUCGUAUUCCUAUGUUUGAUAUCAUGCAUUCACAAUAACGAUUCCUUUCAUGGAUACAAUAUUAUUCGCGAAAUAGUCAAAGUUUGUCGACGUUCAAAUUCAAUCAAUUUGCUUAAUAUAGUUAUUCAAAGAGCUGAAGAUUCUCGACACAAUAGAUUCAUAAUGCGUUUACUUGGACGAGAAGAUGCAUUUUCUCAAUUGCAUAUAAUGCAUGCAAAUAAUUGUCUCGUCUCAGGAACAUACACUUAUGCUCUCAAUGAUUAUAUAUCACUCUUCAGAGUAACACCUAAUGCAUUACUAGCUUUAUUAAUUUCUGUAACAAUGUUACAAAUGGCCUGCCAAAAGAAUUCUAUGAAAAAGAAUCAGUUAAUAAUUCAAGCUCUUGCAUUUAUAAGGAUAUAUGCUCAACUACGAGGAGAGGAUGGUCGACAUGAAACGUAUUAUAACACAGGACGUUUAUUUCAUCAAAUUGGAAUGUUUCCAUCAGCCAUACAUUAUUAUAAAUUAGUUCUUCAUACUGAUCCAGGAGAAUUAGUUAAACAACAUGAAGAACUUUUACACUUGAAGAGAGAAGCUGCUUUUAAUCUUCAUCUUAUAUAUCUACAAUCUGAGAAUUUUCAACUUGCUAGAAUGUAUCUUGAAGAUUAUAUUACUGUAUAAAAAAUAAAUAGUAUAUUUAAGUAUAUACUGUAUA